GCAUUCGAGUGCAACAUUUGCCUCGACACGGCCGACGAUGCAGUCAUCAGUCUCUGCGGACAUCUCUACUGCUGGCCGUGCCUCCAUCGGUGGCUCGAGCUGCACGCAGACCGACCCCUGUGCCCCGUCUGCAAGGCUGGCAUAGGCAGAGACAAAGUCAUCCCGCUCUACGGGCGCGGAAACACCUCACGUCAAGAUCCAAGGGACAAGACACCGCCGCCACGGCCGCAGGGACAACGCCCAGACCCAGCUGCGGAAGGACCGGGACCUCGUCAGCAUCCAUUCAACGCCGCGUUCAACGGCUUCUUCCCGCAAGUCAAUGUUGGGAAUGGUGUGACUGUCACGGCUGGCUUUGGCUUCUUCCCGUCGCUCUUUGGAUUGACCUUUUCCUCCAUGCCCAUGAAUGGCGUUGUUCCAGGCUCGGGCCGCACCCUCACUCCAUUAGAACAACAGCACGCAGCACUCUCGCGCAUGUUUCUAUUCCUUGGCAUCAUGAUUAUUUUUGCACUGCUGCUGUACUAA